CUGGCAUUCCUCAAUUUUCUGCAAUGGAAGAACAAGGAAAGAUUCUCCACAUAGUGAUGUUUCCAUGGCUAGCCAUAGGGCAUCUAAGACCAUUCUUCGAGCUAUCAAAAUACUUAGCUCGAAGAGGCCACAAAAUCUCAUUCAUUUCAAGCCCAAGAAACCUUCAAAAAACAGUCAAAGUGCCUCACCAUCUCAUCAACCUCAUCCCCUUCCCUCUCCCUCCGGUCGACCACCUUCCGCCCGAGGCUGAGUCCUCCAUGGAUGUGCCUCAUGUCAAGCAGCAGCUUCUCAAGGUAGCCCUCGAUCUGCUCGAGCCCAAGCUGCGUUCUUUCCUCGAGAAUGCAAGGCCUAAACCCGACUGGAUCGUCUACGACUAUGCUUCCCACUGGCUGCCUCAGCUCGCGGAGGAGCUCGCCAUCAAGAGGGCCUACUUUAGCCUCUUCACGGCUGCCUUCAUGGCGUUUCUCGGGCCUCCAUCCGUCGCUUUGAGCGAGGAACACAGCCGGUCCACCGCCGAGGACUAUACCGUCGUGCCCGAGUGGAUCCCUUCCUCCUCCAACAUGGCUUUCCACCUCCAUGAAAUGACUAGGAACAUGGAAAAAGAUGCCGAUGGGAACGAGUACGACUCGGGCACAAAUGACACAACCCGGUUCGCCUUAGCCAUAGAUGGUAGCGACAUAGUCAUCUUCAGAUCAUGCGUGGAGUUCGAGCCUGAGUGGUUCGAAAUCGUCCACCGCCUCUACAAGAAGCCGGUUUUUCCAGUGGGAGUCCUACCAUCCGGAGACGAAGACAAUGAUGGAGACGAGGAGUGGAUGAGGAUCAAAGAGUUCCUUGACCUGCAAAAGGAAGGCUCAUUGGUGUAUGUUGCACUUGGGACUGAAGCUGUACUAACACAGAGGGAAACUCAAGACUUAGCCCUUGGAUUGGAGCAAUGUAGAUUCCCUUUCUUUUGGGUGUUGAACAGAAGCUAUGAGAAGCUUCCAGAAGGAUUCUGUGACAGAGUUAGAGACAGGGGAGUUGUGUACUCAAAAUGGGCACCACAGGUGAAGAUUCUUGGGCAUGCAGCAGUUGGGGGAUUCUUGACGCACUGUGGAUGGAACUCGGCCACAGAGGCUCUCGGUUUCGGAAAGGUGCUGAUCCUGUUCCCUGUCAUGAAUGAUCAGGGGCUGAAUGCUAGGCUCCUGCAGGAGAAAAAGGUGGGCAUAGAGAUACCAAGAAACAAGGCUGAUGGAUUGUUCACAAGUGAGUCGGUGGCGGAGACGGUGAGGCUGGCAUUAGUGGGGGAAGAGGGAAGAUCAGUUAGAGAGAAUGCAAUGAAGAUGAAAGAGUUGUUUGGAAGUGAGAGAGGAAGCAACUCUUAUGUUGACACUUUAGUUCAUCACAUGGUACAGACAAAUGGGAUUUGAGAGAAAUGUUGUUAUCACUGAUUAGGAAAUAUUUCAAUUCCAAGAUCAAUUUGACAUAA